AGUAAAUAACUAAAAGGAAACUUAGAAAAAUAAUAAUGGAACGUUGGCAAAAUAAAGUAGCUGUGGUGACCGGUGCCAGUUCAGGUAUUGGUGCUGCGGUAGUCAAAGACUUAGUCAAUGCUGGACUAAUUGUCGUUGGAUUGGCACGUCGUGUACAACGCGUUGAGGAACUUAAAGAACAAGUUGCUGCGGGAAAGCAACAAAAUCUACAUGCACGUCAAUGUGAUGUUUCCAAUGAGGAUUCAGUGAAUGAAGCAUUUGAUUGGAUUGAAAAGAAUCUGGGUGGAAUAGAUAUAUUAGUAAAUAAUGCUGGUAUCUACAGGGCAGGUAAUCUAUGUGAGCAGGAAACAAAUUUAGUGCAAGAAGUUUUACAGACUAAUGUCAUGGGUGUGGUAUAUUGUACAAAACGAGCAUUGAAAUCCAUGAAAGCACGCAGUUUCAGUGGUCAUGUUUUAAUAGUGAACAGUGUUGCUGGUCAUAGAGUAUUUAAUACUGGUAUUUUAAAAAUGCCAUCAACUAAUAUUUAUUCUCCAUCCAAAUUUGCUGUGACUGCAAUGACAGAAAUUUAUCGACAAGAAUUUAAUAAUUUGGAAACUAAAGUGAAGAUCACUAGUAUUAGUCCUGGAUUAGUUGCAACGGAGAUUGUUCCUGAACAAUAUAAGGAAAUGAUGUCUAAUCAUAUAUUGCAAUCUGAAGAUAUUUCUAAUGCAGUUUUAUUUGCAAUAUCUACACCUCCACAUGUGCAAAUUCAUGAAUUGACUAUUAAACCUGUAGGAGAAAUUUUUUAAGUUUGGAUGGACAUUGAU